AUGAAUUUUCCCCACAUUUCUCUUAAUAGUGUCGACAUUCCUGAGCCUUAUUUCUUCAAUGAUUGCCUCUACGCUCUCCUAGGCGAUCUUGAUUCAGCCAGACGAUUUGGUCUGACAGUUUCAACUAUUCAUGAGGCCAAUACGCUAUGCAAAGUCUGCAUUGAUGUUAUUGGAGUUGUCUACAAUAGCCCAUUCAUUCUAGACAUUGAUUUGGAUACAUUUUUCACCUGUAAUCCAUUUCGAGAUAUGUACACUGCUGAGCAGGUGAGUUUUAUUACAUAUGCAUUCGGACAAAACUAA